UGUAUGCUGCGAGGAGCUUCGGACGCUGUGAGAGAAACGCUCAGUACAGGGGAACUGAAGAGACAAAGAGCAGCCUCACACACUCGCGUUGGGGGUCUGGAGGACACCCUGGCCGUCCCUGCAACCAUUUCGGCUAUUUUAUUGCAUUCUCUUGCAACGAACUAGAUAACACAGGAACAACAGAGCUUUGGGUUCGCGAGCAAAACAUAUUGUAAAUCUGUCUGUCCGAGGCGCGCCCGUCAGUUUGGGUUCACCACACAGACUCUGAGCAACAUAAUCUGAUUAAGUUGCAAAUGUUCUUCUGGUGAACAUACAGAGGUGGAGAAAAUCCAGCCAGAUGGUGAAACGCAUCUAGACAAUUAUUAUUAUUAUUAUUUUUUAUAUCCAUUAAUUGUUGGGCAAAUCGCUGGACAGACGGAUGCGCUAAUCUGUGAUCGGACUGACGAAAUUCAUCCAGAACUCUGAGCUUCCGUUUUGCGAAACUCAAAUGAACAGAUGAGUGAAGACAGACUAAGUGUUUCAGGACUCGAGCCGCUAGACAGCGCCUGUGGAGAGUUUCCUGCUUUCAUCUUCAACGAAGGAACAUGUCUCUUUACUCCUUUUUCCGUAAAUAAGCAAACGACUGCUUCCCUUUAAACUACGCUUUAAACUGAGAUGACACGCAGGUAAUGUGAAGAGAGGAGAAAUCACUGUAUGGUGAAAUAUAGGAUAAAAUGUCUGCACUUCGUAAGAAAUUUGGAAGCGACUAUGAGGUAGUGACCACCCAAUCCUCCAGCCAUCAGAAGGACAAGAGGAGGAAACGACAGCGAUUCGUGGACAAGAAUGGACGAUGCAACGUUCAGCAUGGAAACCUGGGUGGAGAGAACAGCAGAUAUCUUUCAGACUUAUUCACAACUUUAGUAGACCUCAAAUGGCGAUGGAACCUCUUCAUCUUCAUCCUCACAUACACAGUGGCCUGGUUAUUCAUGGCUUCGAUGUGGUGGAUCAUUGCAUACAUCAGAGGGGACCUGUACCGAGUCCACGAUGAGAAGUACACGCCAUGCGUGGCCAACGUCUAUAACUUUCCCUCUGCUUUCCUCUUCUUCAUUGAGACAGAGGCCACUAUAGGAUACGGCCACAGAUACAUCACCGAUAAAUGUCCAGAAGGAAUCAUUCUCUUCCUAUUUCAGUCUAUCCUGGGCUCCAUAGUGGAUGCCUUUUUAAUAGGCUGUAUGUUUAUUAAGAUGUCUCAACCGAAGAAGAGGGCAGAGACUCUGAUGUUUAGUGAAAACGCAGUCAUCUCCAUGCGUGACGGCAAACUCACGCUGAUGUUCAGGGUGGGAAAUCUGCGCAAUAGUCACAUGGUUUCAGCACAGAUCCGAUGCAAAAUACUCAAGUCUCGACAGACGCCCGAGGGCGAGUUCCUCCCCCUGGAUCAGCUGGAGCUGGAUGUGGGCUUUAGCACCGGAGCGGACCAACUCUUUCUCGUGUCACCACUCACAAUCUGUCAUGUGAUCGACACCAAGAGCCCCUUCUAUGAGCUCUCGCAGCGAUCCAUGCAGAUGGAACAGUUCGAAAUAGUUGUGAUUUUGGAGGGAAUUGUUGAAACGACCGAGUUAAACAGUGGUUAUGUCCCAUCAGCAUGUAGCCGCAGCGGUCAGAUGGGGGUUCAGGGUUUUUUUCAGUCAGUAAGUUUCAUAUUCCUGUACCGGCUUGCUGCUUUAGUUAACCGUGUGAGGCUGUCUCGUGACAUGCUUGCUCAGAUUUGAGGUAGAAUUUUGACAUUCUCCAACGGGGGUCCUGUUUCCAGAUCAGAAGUCUCUCUCUCGCUCUCCUCGUCAUGCGCACGAUAUGAAGUUUGGACUUUGGAACACUGUCUCGCAUGCGCGCUCGC